AUGGUCGCAUUAGAGACUAACGGUAACAGCUACAUACAUAAUGGUGGUGAAACUGCAUUAGAAGAUGUACUGAAGCACGAUUUUUUUGGUACUCCUUCUUUUCUCACUGAUGCCGGCAGCGAUGACACUGCUAAAUAUGGUGAGUGUCUGACAUUAUUUGUUCAAGGUGAUAGCUCGAGGUGUCUAGAAGAGAUGCAUAAGCACGACUGGCUCAAUCUAAAUACGUUGAGAAAUAAUCGCCAAGUUUCAAACCUGUUUUUAGGUGCCUUUGAAACUGUGCCUGAUUCAUUGAUUUUUAGUACCCGUUUGCGGGAGUCGAUAAAGCAAGUUUUGACUGGCGAUAUAACUACGAUUUUCGCUGACACCAGUGAGCUGCUAGAUCCAUCUCACCUAUUGGAAAUAAAUCAGUAUUAUAUUUGUUGCGCCAAGCUUUUUCGUACCGAUGGGUCAAAAUUUCAGACAGAGACUGGAUUUCUUGAGUCAAGAGUGAGGAAGACAAUUCUAGAUUUUGCCUCAGAAUUGCAAGACCCACCCAAUCAUGAAACAAUUGCAGAUUUACACAAGCUUGUGGAAAUUUAUGUUUUCGAGAUCCAAGUUGGUCUUCAAAAGAUUAAGCCUUCGACAUCUUUGUACUUCAGGCUUUGUGAAGAUGUACCGAAAUUAGCUGCCCAUUUUCAAGAAACGAUUGAUACUCACUGUGGCAAGUCAAUCGAAAAUUUAAUACUUGAUCAGUUAAAACACAAACAGAAAGUCAAUACAAAUGGUACAAGGCAUCACAAUCACCAACACCAUGAUCGUAGGACUCAGAGUGCUAGUGAUGCAACUGUCUCCCCUAAUUCAUCUGGGAUUGCUUCAACCGCCGCUACAAAUGCAAGAGCAGAGUCUGCAGAAGAACCUGCUCCGAGCUCUCAGCUCACAACGGUUUUAGGAGUAAUAAAGAGGCGGCUUCAUUUUUUUCAGAACAUCCAUUUUUCACAUCAAACAAUUUUGAUUAUUCUUCUAAUGCUGCUAAUAUCGAAUAAGAGUCUACUUAAAUUAGCCCAUUUUCCAAAAUGCAUUACUGAAAUGUAUAAAAGAGUGUCACCACAACUGGCAAGUCUGUUAAGACUGCUCUCUAGUAUAUAG